AUGAAGAUAUCUGCAUCUUUUGCCAUUUUCGCUGCGGCGGCAACCGCUCUCCCUACCGAAGAACAUCCCGUGGAAGCCGCCUCGGAAUCCGACGCCGCAGUCUAUGCUCGGGACGUGCUUACCAAGCUCGAAACGCUCAGCUGGGAUAAAUCGCAGCCACCCUCGUAUGAAGUCGGCAAGGAGUGGCAGUAUACUUGCGCUGCGAACAUUCUGUACUCGGAGCAGGUUCAAUUCUGGGAAAAGAUGUGGAUUCUUGAUGGCUACCCCGAGUACCCCAUCACCAAGGAAGCCUUUUACAUCCCCAAUGUGGAAGCUGCGGCUAUCAAUACGGGACGCAACAAGGAUAUGGCCCUGGAGAGCGCCACGUCCACGACUUCUACCAAGACGGAAACCAAGGGUUGGACUAUUGGCGCAAAGGCUGCUGGUAACUUUGGCAAGAAAGACGUGGCUGCUGGUACCGUCGAGCUCUCGGCUUCGUAUUCGGACACGAAGACGACGACCAAUACAGAGACAAAGACAGUCACGUACAAGGGAGUCUGUGAGCCAGGCUAUGAGUGCCGAAUCGAAACUUGGUCGUUCCAUCUCAAGCUCGACGCAACAGUCGUCCGAGCGAUGUAUUACCAACUUUGGAGCUUGGGACUCGGGCUGGGCGACGAAAAGUAUCUGUGUCUUAUGGAUCCAGUGCUCAGGACAUGCGAUCAGUUCACAUCUAGAUUUGACCCGAACUGUCCCCAGAGCGGAGCUAGUAUCACCAUGUUCAACAGGUUCAAGGAGGUCCAGCUUACGGUCCCGAUCAAGGAAGGCAACGGCCUGCAGCUGAUGAGUCGUGUCGUCUUGGUCUCGGAGCGGCUCUCCGCGAAGAAGGCCAGAGAGGAGUCGGAGCAGUCCAGCAUCGGAACAAAGGAGACUAUUGAGAAGGCCAUCCAGCAGGGAACCAAGUUCCAGUUUCUUGAUGGACCGAAGGAGUAA